GCAUCCACUCCCCAAUUUUCAUUCUAAAGGCAUCACUCCACGUGUGCAGACGAAUUGUCGCUCCAAAAAUAAGUGAUAAAUUAUUAUUUAUUGAUAAGUAAAUAAAAAUAAUUGUGAAAAUGGUGUUAGAUUUAGAUUUAUUCCGUGAUGAUAAAGGUUUUAAUCCAGAAAAAAUAAUAGAAAAUCAACGAAAAAGAUUUAAAGAUGUUGGGCUUGUAACAGUAGUCAUUGAAAAAGAUAAAUAUUGGCGUCAGUUGAGGCAUCGUGCGGACAAUUUAAAUAAAUUAAAAAAUUUAUGUAGUAAAGAGAUUGGUGAGAAAAUGAAAAAAAAGGAACCAGUUGGUGAUAGUGAUGUUAUACCGGAUGAUGUAGCAAACAAUUUGGAUGGCGUCACCUCAGAUAGCCUCAAAGCAUUGACAGUAACACAAAUAAAAAAAAUCCGUGCACUUAUUGAUGAUGAAAUAGAAAAGAAUAAUCAAGAAUUAAUUAAAACCGAAGCUGAAAGAAACUCGGCUUUGAGAGAAGUUGGAAACCAUUUGGAUCCUUCUGUUCCUGUCAGCAAUGAUGAAGAAGAAAAUAAGGUGGAAAGAACAUUUGGCGAUUGUACACAACGAAAACAAUAUUCUCAUGUAGAUUUAAUUCAUAUGAUUGACGGAAUGGAUGGAGAACGAGGAAUAGCUGUCGCAGGAGGACGUGGAUAUUUUUUGAAAGGUGCUGCAGUGUUUUUGGAGCAUGCAUUGAUUCAAUUUGCACUUAGGAAAUUAUUUAAAAAAAACUAUCAACCUCUGUACACUCCGUUUUUCAUGAAAAAAGAUGCUAUGCAGGAAGUAGCACAGCUGGCACAAUUUGAUGAAGAGUUGUAUAAAGUAAUUGGCAAAGGAGCUGACAAGGAUGAUAAAGAAUCUGAUGAAAAAUAUUUAAUUGCAACUUCAGAACAACCGAUUGCUGCUUUUCAUCGUAAUGAAUGGAUUCCUGAAGCUUCAUUGCCAAUUAAGUACGCUGGACUUUCAACAUGUUUCCGACAAGAAGUAGGUUCACAUGGUAGAGAUACCCGUGGUAUUUUUCGAGUACAUCAAUUUGAAAAAGUUGAACAAUUUUGUUUAACAUCGCCACAUGAUAAUAAAUCCUGGGAAAUGAUGGAAGAGAUGAUCAAGAAUGCUGAAGAAUUUUACCAAGAGUUGAAUAUUCCUUAUCGAAUUGUAAAUAUUGUAUCAGGUGCUUUGAAUCAUGCUGCUGCUAAAAAAUUAGACCUUGAAGCUUGGUUCCCUGGAUCAGGAGCUUUUAGAGAACUUGUUUCAUGUAGUAACUGCCUGGAUUAUCAGGCCAGACGUUUAUUAGUAAGAUAUGGGCAAACAAAGAAAAUGAACGCAGCUGUGGAUUAUGUGCAUAUGUUAAAUGCAACCAUGUGUGCAACAACUCGUGUUAUAUGUGCAAUUUUAGAAGUAAAUCAAACAGAAACUGGUAUCAAUAUCCCAGAAGCCAUUUCUUCACUUAUGCCACCAGAGUUCCAACGUCAUAUUCCAUUUGUUAAACCUCCACCUAUUGUUGAGAGUGAAAUGAAAAAGCAAAAAAAACAAAAAGCAUAUGCGCUUGCGAAAAAUUCCCAGAUUAUCGAAACUGAAAAUAAUUAAUUUUUAUUAUUUAAUACAAAGCUAUUGUAUGCAUUUAGCUUACUCAUAUUUAUAAAGCAGCUUUGAUAAUGCUUUUUAUUUACAGAUAAUAAAAAAAUUUAAUAUAAAU